AUGAGGGCAUUUAAAGCUCUGGAAAACCAGCUGGGGCAUACCAUCCAAGUACCAUCCUUCUCCCAGCUGACUUUAUUUGGGUAUUACUUCUAUACACCCACUGUACUAAAAUCUGCUACCGUUAUCAUGGAGACUAACUUCAAGUCCUUUGCGGAAGAGGUCAAGGCUGCGAAUAUCAACUGUAAGAACACAAGAUUGCGAGAUAUAAUGGAUAAACUUGUCGAUCACUUGCACGACUUCGUUCGAGAGACCUCUUUAACUAUAACUGAAUGGCGGACAGCAAUUAAGUUUCUCGCCUCAGCGGGCAGUCAAAAUGGAGAAACCCAGUUUGAUAUCCUAUCUGACAUCCUGGGAAUAACAACACUCAUCCACGACAUCAAUUACGGAAAACCAUCUGGCGCAACUGAGGCCGUUCUACUUGGUCCAUUUUUCAAGGAGAAUGCUCGCGAAGUGCAACAGGGUGAUUCCAUCGCGUCAGAAGGGAAAGGCGAAUAUCUGUAUAUAGAGGGACGUGUUCUUGACCUUGCAGGGAAUCCAAUCUCCGGCGCAAUUCUCGAUAUAUGGGAAGCUGACGACUCUGGACUAUAUGAUGUUCAAUAUCAAGGGCUUGAAGAUUGUAGAGGACGUAUCCGCACAGCACUGGAUGGAUCAUACGCCUUUCGUGCCGUCAUCCCCGUACCGUAUCCUAUACCUGACAAGGGUCCUGCCGCAGGUCUAAUCUCCGCACUUGGUAGACACUUCUAUAGACCAGCCCACGUUCAUGUUGUUAUCCAAGCGCCAGGGUACGAGUCCGUGGUAACACAGCUGUAUUUUAAAGGAGAUCCCUAUCUUACCUCGGAUAUAACGUUCGGAGUCAAGCCGUCCUUGGUUGUCGCACCAGAAAUAGUCAACAAUAUCGCUUUAUCUAAAGCACGCGGUUUCAAAGAACCCAGAUCUCAUGCAUAUGUGUACAAGGAGUUUGUGCUAGCAACGCCCGACCAGGCAGAUUCUGUGCGGAAGAUGAGAACAGAAAACCAACAAUGA